CUCAAAUCUUAAUUGUUAUGCGUGUUUUUUCAGAUUUUUGAUUUGUAUAAGCUCGGGUCUUUAGAACACAGUGACGAAUUGCUAGCUUUAGCAGCUGGCUCUGAUCUCGUUGUCUAUUCAUAUCCGGCAUGUAUAGUGAAUGGAGUUCGAUUUGUUGUAAACAGUCGAGAUAAAGACCGUAAUACUCAAAAUAGUGGGGUGUCCGUUGCAGGGACAGAAGGUUUUGACUAUUUUGGGGAACUUGAAGAAAUAUUGCAUUUGUCCUUUAGUGGUGCAUAUUCAGUUGUAUUAUUUCGGUGUAAGGGGUUCAACACAGAUCCGAGAAAGAAAAAAAUCAUUAUCGAAAAUAAUAUCACUAGCAUAAAUGUUAGUGGUGUAUGGUACAAAGAUGAUCCCUACAUUCUUGCCAGUCAAGCUAAGCAAGUUUUCUUUGUGGAUGAUCUAGUUAGAGGUCGUAAUUGGAGAGUUGUUCAUAAUGUCCAUCACCGCCAAGUUUGGGAAAAUAUUUUGGAUGCUUCUAAUGAGACCGAUGAUGUUGAUGUUGUACAUGACACAAACUCAUCAAAUUUUACACUAUCAGUGGAUUUGGGGGAGUUAAAUGUCCAACGGACUAAUGAUUCUCCAACAAUUGUUGAUGUCCCUCAAAGUUCUGAGAUGGUUCCAAAUGUUGAUGAUAGUAGGAAUGAUGAAGAUGAAGAAAUUGCAGAAGACCUGGAGGAUGAUUUGCUUAUUGAUCAUCUUGAAGAUGAAAUUGAAGAAGCCCCCGCAACAAAUUUGUAUUUCAUUAGUGAUGAUGAUUGUGAAUAAUGGAUUUUAGUACUGUUUGUAUUGAUGAGUAGUUAUAUUUCUUUUAAUCCUUUUGUCUCAACAAAUUAUUGUAAAAGAACAAAUUUAAGAGUUAAUGAGUUGUUCGUAUUCUCUUAAGUAAGGACUCAUAUGAUUUUAUUAUUCUAUUUUUAGCAUAAAAUGUCAGCAGAUGUUGCUAAUUAUCAUGGUGGAGAUGGUGGCGGGGAUGACCCAUUAGAUCCUACUAGGGUACCGACUGCGUGCGAGGCUUCAGGUAUUUUUGUUAUUUUUCUAUCUAAGUGUUUAAUUUUUUAAUUCAACUAUUCACACAUAUACAUUUUUGAUGGCAACAUAGGUGGUGACGCGAGAAAAGGCCGUGGGAGGAAUGUUUUAGUAAAGUUAGAAGAGAGAAGAAAAAACUCUACUGGCCCGUUGCCAUUAGAAGUUGACAGUGUCUCGAACAAAAUAGUAGGGUUGGAGAGUAAAGCUUUUCCUCGAUUGGUAGGGCGAGAGGUUGCACUGCAUGUGCCUGGACAUCAUCCAAGUUGGGCAAAUGUCCCGGAGCAGUACGAACACCUCAUCUUAACCAAGCUUCGGCAUUAUUACCAGUUGGACAGUCAUCCAAAGUUAGUAGCUAUUUCGAUAGCUGAGAUGGCCGAGAAGUACAAAACACGAAAGAAUAUUAGAUUGCAACACUUCAGAGAAUAUUACAAAAACCCAGAAGACUUUGAAAAUGCAGUGAAGAACCCUCCCAAUGAACUUAAUGAAGACCAAUGGCGACUAAUAUGUGAAUUGUUCACAACUCCUGAUUUCGUUCAACGGUCGAAGCAAAACUCUAUCAAUCGACAGAAGAUGAAAUUCUCUUCAACAACAGGGUCGGUAACUAUGGCUGAGAUUCUUCGUCAAAAAGUAAGUUAAUAUAUUAAAUUUCUAUUUUACAAAGUUUACUUUAUAUAUAAUUUUCUAACAAGUUAUAUUUAUCAGCAAGGAAAGGGUUACAUUGAGACUUGGAAAGAAUGUCAUACUAAGAAAGACACCAACACCUUCAUCAAUGAGGCUGCCAAAAAUAAAUAUGUAAGAUAUAUAAAAUAAUAACUUUUAAAUAUUUUCAAAUAAUUGUAACUUUGCUUGAUUUCUAACUUAUUUUGUAUUAUAGGAAGAGAUGUUGACAACUCGAAAUAGUGUUCCUGAAUCUUCACAAGUUUCAGAACUUGAGAUUCUUCGGAAAACACUUGGAGAGAGGCGUGGCCAUCAACGAGGAGUGGGUCGCAAGUUGAAAGGCCAAUCAUCAGGACGACGCUCACAACCUGCAACUGCUGAUCAACCGGACUUACGGGAAACAGUUGUUGAGUUACAGAAACAAAUACAGACGUUGACUCAACAAAUGUCACGUGAACGUCGGGAACCAAUGGAUGUUGAGAUGAAUGAUGCAGCUCCAACCCAACCCAUACGUCCUCAACCGUCUCGCUCUCAAAUGGGUUUUAACCCAAUGGGUUUUCAGCAGCCGCAUCAGACUCCUACUUCGUUUCAGCAACUGCUACAACAGCCUCUGCUACAACAGCCUCUUGUUCCUUCGCCUGGAAUGUUAAGUCCUGAGCAAUUUCACAGUCAAAUGUACCAGUCAUACUUGCAGUUUGUGUUUCAGUCGCCAAACAAUUCGCAAGUAUUGUUGAAUAUGAUGACGCAGUCGCCUCAGACGUCUCAUGUGUCAGAGCCUCGGAUGCCACAAAUGUCACAGAUGCCGCAAAAUGUUCAGAUGUCGACACAAGGGCAGCAAUAUCAGAACACAUCGCAGACGAUGCCGACACAACCAUGGGAGCAGACAUCUCAAAUGAUGCCGACACAUCUAGGACAACAGACUUCUCAGAUGAUGCCGACACAACAAGGGCAGCAGACAUCUCAAAUGAUGCCGACACUACAUGGGCAGCAGACAUCUCACAUGAUGACCAGCUCGCAAAUGCCGCCAUACUACCCACAGAUGCCGGAUGUUCCUGGGUCGGAUGUUCCUCGAGAUGCUAGUGAUGAGGACGAUGCUACUACAAACUUCUUUUAGAAUAUCUAUUUUAAUUUUACGAACUAUCGGUCUAAUAUGUUUGUUAAUAUUUUAUGAACACUAAUUUAUAUUUAGGUAGGCAGUACUAUAAUGUUUAUGACUUACUCUUAUUGUAAUAUUAGUGACUUUAAAUAUUUUCUUUU